GAUCCGAAGUACGGUCUUUCGGUCAUCCGAGACUGGCGAUCGUCUCUAGAGGACCCCAACGCUUUCUCAAUCCUGCUUGCUUCUAGUUGGCUGCCGCGCCUGCGUCGGGCCAUCGCCACCGACUGGGAUCCUCACGAUGCGGAGGGUGUGCUCGCUGUGUUGGAGGCCUGGCAGUCUCUGUUGCCGGAGAGUCUUCUGCAAACACAAAUACUGGACGGUCUUAUUCUGCCUCGUUUACACGCCGCCGUCGAUGCCUGGAACCCCUUGACAGACACAAUCCCCAUCCAUGCCUGGCUGCACCCCUGGCUGCCCUGGUUCGGUGGUUCCGGACGUCUAGCUCCCGUGCACGAGGUGAUAAAUCCAAGCGAUCAAAAAAUGGAUCCGUGGAACUGGGUGAUGCGCUGGGUGGACCUGCUUGACCACGCCGUCCUGGUGGAUCUGUUGGAGCCCGACUACCCCAGCAUCAAAGACGCUCUCACCAAGGCCCUGGGAAUGAUGCAGAGGGCUAUGCGCGGUGUCGCGCCACAGGUGCGUCCCGAUUGCUAUUUUCCAGUGCUAGGCUGGUUCCCAGAUUAUAAACUAAUGCACACCUGUCAGCGAGGCCAAAGGUGCCGCUUGCCGUGUUGUCUAGCGUUAAGCUGA